AGCAUUUUCGUAGUCGCCACCAUGGCAUCAGCUCGAACACCGACUGGUGACGGGGAUUGGGUCAAUGCUUCUUCAGAUGUUUCAAUGCUGAAUGAAAAACUUUACAACCGCCAAAGAAUUGACACGUUUCACACACCCAGCAAGUUGAUUCCUUCUGGAUCCGCCGGAGUGACGCCGGACCGUCGAUCGCCAGAACCGCCGACUGAGAGACCAACUUCUACUCCUCUAAGCGAUGGCAGGGAGUAUGGACAUCGCUUGGUGGACCUGGUGAAUUCUUGGAAUGAGGACACUAGGCGGAUGCUGCGAGAAGAACUUGCGGCGAAUGGCACCAACUCCAAGCCUGAAACCCCACUACCGCCUAUGCCGAGGGAGGAGGAGCUCAGCCCGGCAGCACGGCCACAGAUCCUGCAAUCCAUCCUUCAGGAGAUCCGAGCUUUAGCAUCUUUAGCUCCUGCACGCUGCAAUUGUGGUGCUUUGGAUCGUGUGGCCGUAGCUCAGGAGGAGCUUUCUGAGAUAGUUCGCGGACACCUCUUGGUCGAACGGGCGGCUUCAGUGAACAGCCGCAGAGAGGAAAGUGCAGCUCCAAGCGAAAGCAUGCAGGCGAUGGCCCUGCAGCCUUUAUUAGCGGAGCUGACAUCUGCGUUCGGGGAGAUGCAACAAGCUCUGAAGGGGAGUGCUGCUCUGGUCGAGGAAGUUCGGCAGCAACAUGCGCCACCAGAGAGAGAAAACCAGCGGCCAGAGAGGUCUCCAUUCCUCGGCCCUGAGCUUGAUGUGCAGUUCAUGAUGCAAGACUUGCAACAGAUCAAGGACAUGUUGUCCCGCACCAGCAGCACGGAGACUCUGUUGGCUGCAGAAGUGCAGCUGUUGAAGGAGACCCUCCAUGACGUGCAGCAAAAGUCCGAGAAGGACUCACAGACCAUCCUGAAAACCGUUGAGAAACUCACGGAUGUUGUUGCUGCCACUGCGACAACUCACCAGGACGAGACAGCUGCAGUGCAGAGACAGAACCAACGAAUCCUGGAUACGGUUCAACAUCUUGCUGAGCUGGUCAGCAUAGACCACAGAAAGGCGCAGGAGGAUGCUUCGGUGGUGAGGCAGUCCGUUGGGCUUUUGGAAGCUGAGAUGAAACUCAUCAAGGAGUCCAUGGCCACAUCUUUGCGUCAGUCCAACCAGGAGCUGAUCGAACGCUUGCGGAUCUUGGAAGAUUCAGUGACAGCGAACCAUCAAGAGGCCGAGCAAAAAUAUGCUGCCCGCCUUGAUGUGGCCCAUGGAUCUCAAGCUGAACAGAUCGAGCGAAAGGCAGAACUUCACUCCCAUGCUGUUGGUGACGUCAAACAGGAAGUGCUACUGCUGAAGGACGAGAUCGUGAAAUGCCACGAAAAGCUGGAGAAGGCUCCAAAACAGCUGGCUUUGACGGAGGCAGUGCGCAGGACCUUCGAACAGUUGACCAAGGAUUUUCAUGAAGAGUGUACCCAGCUCUACAUGAAGCCCAGCUUUCAGGUGAGCUUUCCGGACACCUUGAACCAGGAUCUUCGUGAGAUCAAGGAAGCAAUGGCUGAGGAGAAACGUCGACGCGAAGACACCAAGGUGAAAGCCAUCGCUGAACUUGGAAGGUUGGAGCAAGAGUUUCAAAAGACGGAGCAGGGAGUUCAAGGCUUGGAAUGCACAGUCAAAGAGCAGCUGGUGCCUGAACUGCAGCACUUGCAAGACAUCUUCGCGAUGCUGGAAGGGAACUUUUUGAUCACAGUGCGAAAGCAGCUGGACAAAGCAACUGCUGCCUUCAGCAGUACGACCGCGCAUUUCAAAAGCUCUUUGAAGAAGGACAUGGAGAUCACGCUGAAAGAAGCUUCGAAGGCGAAUUUGCGUGGACAGCAUGCGAUGCUGGAGAGCCGGGACAAUCGCCGGGUUGCGAAUGGCCCCAGACUCAUUGAGCUGGUCGUCAUCUUCCUGAGUGUUGCGGAGUUCGCUAUGCACAUGACGAAUGCCUUCCUUGAAUUGCAAAGCAACGACCGCUUCCUCCUCGCACUCGCUGCUGUCCUAGGCCCAUGCCUGUUGAACUCGGUCGUGAUUGUGAUCUUUGUGAACUACCUGUCAUCUGAGCUGCAAAGGUGGAUAAACAGCAAUUGGAGCCAUUCACAACGAUUCCUCGCUAUGGGAGUUUUGAGACCGGAUUGCCUGCGCUUCUUUGGACUUUUGGUCCCUCAGCUACGCAGCAGCUGCAGCACAUGGGAGCGGCGGUAUUGGGAAGAGGUGCUACAGGCAAACACUGCACAACUGCAACAGGAGUGCGAUGAGCUCAGAUUGGCUCUCCACAGUGAGGAGGUGCAGCUGCCACCCAGACCGUCUGCCGAAGUCACGGCACGCAGCGAUGGGAAGGACGGCCAGGACGGCCAGGACGUUGAGGUACAGCCCCCUGCGGUGCCUGUUCACCUGGACGGCCUUCAUGGGGCACCAAGCCCAGGUGGACAAGAAGUCGCGGGCAGUGCCCUGGGGAUGGAGGAAUCGCAGGCUGCACUGGAGGUUGUGGCGCACCUGCAAAGGCAUCAUCCAAGCCCAACUGCAAGUCCGAGAGGACCCAAGCCGGUGCUGAGAAAUCGUGAAUGGGAUGACUGGCUCAGGUCACAAGGCUUGGAGAAACGCCGCGGAGACGAAGGAGUGAGCUCCAAUGCGAAAGAGCUCUUCCGUCCAUCGGGUGUUCGGAAGGUGUACAAGUGGAAGCCGCAUGCUGCAGCCGCUGGACAAGGCGGCUCUGUCGCUCGACCACUGGUGAAUCCAAGACAGUUGCCACACAGCUGUUUACUGUGCGGCAUGGCGCCGAAUUCAGAGAAAAAGACGGUAUCUGUGUACAGGAAGUUCAUGAGUCAAAUCUCUUUGGCUUCCGCCUUGUACAACGACGUUCCCAAGGUGGUGCUAUCCGUCUGGCUUCUAUCUUUGAAUGACAGAGGUUCGGAGACUGUCAUUCUGCGCGUGACCAUCAUCGUCAUCAGCGGAAUGUACAUACUUUGGGCCCUGCUCCAUGCAUUGAUCACACAGCUGGAAGAGACCUGUGGUUGGCGACUACCAGACCGUGCUGGUCCUCCCAUAGAUACAGGUAUAGAGGAUGCGGUUGUAGAGGUCUCCUCUGAGUCUUUGACUGUGAGCUGGUCCUGUCCAUUGCAAGGACUUAGCGCACAGGCGAGACCCAAGGACUUUGUGUGCACCGUGCAGCCGCUGGGCCAAAGUGAGUCCAGCAUAAUGAGGCGUGUCAGUCUUGAAGACGGAGAGCUAUGUUGCACCUUCGGAGCAUUGCAAGCGGAUACAGCGUAUGUCGUGAAGUUGGCGGCCUCGCGAAAGGGCGUGCUUUUGGGAAGGCCUGUUCGAAUCUCUUGCCGCACGCUGCCACUGCCAUUGGCUGCAGAGCCAGAGAGUCUGUCGCUAAGGAGUUGUGGACCCAGCUGGGCAGAGAUUGCAUGGUCUGGUGCAUUUACGGAACAGCUGCUGGAACUGCGUCAACAUGGCGUGGCUGGCACGUUGCUCCGCCGCGAAGUGGCAGGACCGGAGCCGGUCCACUGCAUCUGGGGGUUGAGGCCCAACACAGAGUACGAAGUUGGGUUGAAGCUCCCAGGCGACGAAAAGGAGCCGACACUGAAGCUAUCCUUCGUGACGAGCUUGGAAGAAGAGGAAUCAUCUACGAAUGUAUUCGCUUCGCUCACAACGUUGCUGAAAGACUUGGGCAGUGUCAAAGAGAUGGUGAGCUCAUUGGACGCUGCAGCAGCCAGCGCAGAGCUCACACGUCAGCUGGGCGGUCUACAGGAUCGCUGGGCAUCUUUGCAGGUUUCGUGCCUGACUGAAGAAAUCCAGAAGCUCAUGAAUUCGAACCAGCAGUUGAAGAGUGACAUCUCCAACGAAAUGAAGCCGGUGUUUUCAGAGCUUCGGCGAAUCCAAGAUGCGUUGACUUCGAUGUAGCCUCGAUAGGGCCAAAGGCGAAAAACGCACAAGGCGGUUCCCGCCCCUGGUGCCCAAUUGUAGGAGGCUUUAUUACGCGUUGCAGCUGGACAAACAAUGUCCAGUGACAAUCUCAGCGCAUGGAGGACCUGGCCAGUAAUUUGCUGUCAGGUGUACAGACAAAAA